AUGCCACAGGGGGAGGAAGGUGGAGGGAAGAGAAAACGGCGUCGUCCACCUUCUCCGAAGCCAUCACCAAAUUCCGUCAUCGUCACCAAGGUAAGGUGCCCAUCAUUCACCCGUCCCCCACAGAAUUACUCCUGAUGUCUACGCCGAAUGCCGUCAUCUCUGGUUUGAGCGACGCCGUUCAUACCGAGCUUAGAAAAACUCCGGCGGCGGGGUUCGGCGCAGAGAACCCCGUGCCUCCAUGCCCGGUGUCAUCCGUCCUUUUUUUUAUAUUACACCAUGACCGUUGACUUGAUGAUUCCAUUGCCGUUCGGUCGAGGGUAUCUAUCUUGAGGGGAGAGAUGCCCGUUGGCAGGUGAGGCAGCAGCCACCUAUCAGCCAAUCUCUUACUAAACCACAAUUAGCGGAAAUUGAAACGGAGACGGUAACCCCUCUCUCUCUCUCUCUCUCUCUCUCUCUCUCUCUCUCUCUCUCUCUCUUUCUCUCUCUAACAGUGACGUCCGUGAAAACGAUAAGGCUACCUGUAGAAGCCGAUGGCCUACCCUAGACAUAGUUAUUCGGGGUCAUACGUCAAACUGCGAUGCGCGACAGGAGUCCGCUGUGGAUUAUCGUCAAGAGACAAAUCCUGUCCGGCCCAAUAUUUAAAUAAACUAUUGGGCGCGUCCCUUUCGGCCCAAGGUUAACCAAAAAUAAUUAAAAUUAGGCGAAAAUGCUAACCGGCUCCUGCCGCCGUGGAUUAAUGGGCCUCUAGUGCGGAGUGAAAUGGUCUGCAGGAAGUAAGCCCAUAUUCCAGUCAAAUGAGCCCAUUAAUCCUCGGCGAAGCCCACAUCUACCAGUUUCACGGUAUAUUGUCCAAAGAAGGUGAGUGGGCUAUUCCGUGGGCCUCGAUGCUGUGUGGGAUUAAUUAGAAGGGUUAUUGAAAGGGAGUUCUACGGUCGUUGAGCUGCCUCCGAUCAACAAAACUGCCAGAAAGCGUUCUUGGUAGGUAAAAUGAAUGUUGACAGUGGGGGCAUUCCGAGAAUUGAACUCGGGACCUCUCGCACCCUAAGCGAGAAUCAUACCACUAGACCAAAUGCCCAUGUUUAA